UAUGAAGGGUGUGAGUGUCACUAUUUGAUUUGAAUUAUGGGGUAAAAAAUCCACUAUAUUUUUUGAUGCACCUGUACAUAUUUAUUAAGCCCGCAUCUUGUUCAUUAAUGGGAUAGUUCGACCUAGAUUCAUGUUUGGGUAAAAUAACGCUUACCCAAGUUUUUCUGGAACGCCCAGAGUCAUUAUACACAACAAGCCGUUAUUCACCUCUAUCCCAGCCUGGUAUUAGCAUUAUUAGUAUCAACCAAAUUCAAGCCACAAAAGUUGCAUUGCAAACGUAAACAAACUAAAAAAAAAACAACAUAAAAGUAAGGGUUGAUAAAAGCUAAGCAAACUGUUUCUUUCAAAAUAUACGCAUACCUCCAUACGUUAAUCUGACUUUCAUCUCUACCUGAAGAUCUAGGGGGCAGAUCAUUCAUCCCCUAAACCAUUGUGAAAAAACCUCAGUGUCUGUGAUAGCAACUAACUGGAAGGCACGGGAUGAUGGACUGAUGGUUGUAUGAUUGUGUCCAGUCUAAUUUCUUGAAGUAGAUGUUUUGGACUGUCAGAUUAGGGUCAGUCCAGCAAUGCCGUUCUGUUGGGUAUUGUUGAACUGACCCUAGGUCAGCAACUGUUUGUUUAAUGAGUGUGAUGUGGGUCAGCCCUCUUCAGAGGCGUUGACAAAGUCUGCACUGUCCAGACGCUUCUCUCUCCACGCAAAGUCUCUCCUCCCACUUUUCCACCUCUAUCCCUCUUCCCACUUUUCCCACUCUCCAGCCCUCCACUAACCUAUGCUUUAGUCGCUUUGGAUAUUCCCUGUUCAGCCUUAGCUCGUCACAGACACAGGAACUAUCAUGGCUAACUGCAGCAGCGUCUCCAGACUCGUCCUCCUAGCCUUCCUAGGCCUCUGGGUAGCCACCAUCCAUUCAGAGACUGUGGCAGAUCCGGUGCCCACUUUACAAGGGGACAACCAGGACACAAUGUCUGGCGGAGGAGCAUCAGACCAGACCACAAAAGAUCCCUUCCAUAAUGAGGAGAAAGCCUACACCAUCACCUCAGAUUACGAUGAGACCACUCACACACAGACCAUAGACGACGUUGAAGGUGUCCUGGGUCCUGGCGCCAUCACAGCCAUUGUCAUUGCGGUCUUCCUUGGGGCUUCAGUCCUCCUCGCUCUCAUUGUCAUCACUCUCAGGAAGUUCACAGCUUCCUAGAGCCACAAUUCCCUUUGAAUCUGUCUUUUACUUUCUUAUUUCUACUUCUUAUCAUUCAUGUCUGCCUUCUCCCACCCAAUCUAUAUCUUAUCACUUUCACUUCACACAGAUAUAUUGUGAAAGUGACAACCUGUCGACAACCCCUGGAUAACCCCGGGAUGCUGUAAUAGUAUGAGGCCUCGAAGAGCAACGGACAAUGAAUUAUCUUUCUAUAUCUACUAUAAUCAUACUGUUACGGAUGCUGCACGUGCACACAGCAUUUAAAUGUACAUUUAAGUCAUUUAGCUGACGAUCCACAGCAACUUACUAUGGAGUUAAUGCCAACUUUCAUUCAAGUCAAAUUUAUCAGAUACAAAGUGAACAGUUUACUUCAGUGAAAGUUAGGAUCCGUGACAUAAAAAAACAAGAUUAUUGAGAAUGUCAGACUCUUUCUUGUGUCAAAUCGUAGCUUUAUGAAUUGAUGGUUGAAAAAUAAAAUAUCCUUGUCUACAUAAAUAUCUGUAGUUUACAAUUGCUUUUUGUGUUUUUUUUGUUUGUUUUUUUAUGUAUAUUAAUGUAUCACUGUCUCUAUGCAUCAAUCCUGUGCAUGGAAGUUUGAGAUGAGUGUGUGUUUGUGAAAAUGAAUCCUCCAUGUUCACCUCUAUGCAGUAUUUAGUCAAAAGUAAAAGGUUACUGACUGUAAAUCUAAUACUCAAGUUAAUUAUAUGAUUUACUUUUUUAAUGAUAAUAUCUGAUGCCAGAUAUAUUUUCUCAAAGCUUUUGUGUGUUUAUCUUGCAAAUAGAUAAAUGGUACAUUUGUCUAUUUUCCAUUGGAACAAAUAUAUUUACCGUGAAUGAAAAAUAUAAAAUCUUAAGACGAAAAUGCUGGCAUCUUCAAUAAAUAAACAUAAACAGGGGAAUUUGUUUUACCUGCAAAGCAAAUAUUAACCAUGGAUAUAAAAAGACAGAAUGGUGACUGUUCAGUGUUAAUGUAUAAUUGCAAGUUUGUUUGUGUGUGUAUUAAUAUGUUUGUGGAUGCAUGUGUAUGAUAUGUUUUGGGGGUAUGCCAAAAAACAACAUUUCCUUUGUAUUACAAAAUAUCCUGUGAGUCUACUAUCACCUGUUGGAACAAUCCAAUAAAUCACU